UAACAUACGGUGUCCCUACCAAACAAGUUAACUAAGCGGAGUUUGGAUAUAAAAUCUUAUAGGGGGGAUUUUCUUGUAGGAGGAUCUCAUGUACUCGCUGGUGGAUCUCAACUAUAUUCACGAUCAUGAUGGCCCUUGAAAAAUCAGAACAUAUGCAAAUAAACUGUGAGGCAUCCCUCAAAUGCCUCCAGGGCAAGGGUCCCCCUUGCAAUUUUCAGUGUAAUGGAAGUUCUAUGGAAGGCUUGAAACAGCUUAAAAAUGAGCCUGGUACUCAUCCAGCUGGGGAUGUUGCUGAACCUAAUCGCUCUGUAGGCAGUGAGUUUCUUGAUCCUUCCAUUGAAUUUCGUGGUAAACCUACUUAUCACCAUGACUAUAGCACCUGGACAGCCUGCCAUUAUAAUUCUCACAAGGUUCAGCAAUGCCAAACGAAUUCUUUUGAGGGCCAUUUCUGUCCUUAUCCUUUUGAGAGCCAGCUUCAGUAUGUUCCAUAUAAUAUGGUUGCUCAGGGUUACCCACGGGAGCAAUAUCAAGAAUUUCAGUAUUUUGUUGUCAUAGACUUUGAGGCUACCUGCGACAAGGAUAAAAAUCCCCACCCUCAAGAAAUAAUUGAAUUUCCAUCUGUCAUAGUGAGUAGUGUCACUGGCCAGCUGGAAGCAUGUUUCCAGACAUAUGUGAGGCCUACCUGCAAUCAGCUGCUGAGUGAUUUCUGCAAGGAUCUGACUGGUAUCCAGCAAAUUCAGGUGGACAGAGGUGUUACAUUGAGUGAGGCUUUACUUAGGCAUGACAAGUGGCUUGAGAAAAAGGGAAUAAAGAACUCCAAUUUUGCUGUGGUUACUUGGUCCAACUGGGAUUGUCGGGUGAUGCUCGAAUCCGAGUGCCGAUUCAAGAAAAUAAGGAAGCCACCUUAUUUCAACCGCUGGAUUAACUUGAGGAUUCCUUUUCGUGAGGUCUUUGGUGCUGUGCGCUGCAAUCUAAAGGAGGCUGUUGAAAUAGCUGGCUUGGCCUGGCAGGGCCGUGCUCACUGUGGCCUUGAUGAUGCCAAAAAUACUGCUCGUCUGCUGGCGCUACUCAUGCACAGGGGUUUUAAGUUUUCCAUUACCAAUUCAAUAAUGUGGCAGACUGCAGACCGAUCAUUGGUAUGGAAGCAGGCUCCUGAACAACCAACCAUUUUCCCUUUUUGCCCCUACAAAGGAAGGGAAAUGAAUACCCCCAUGCUUCAGUAUCACCCAUACUGUUACUGCGGGGUAAAAAGCAGUAGGGGCAUGAUCAGGAAACCAGGGCCCAAGCAAGGGAGCCUUUUCUUUGGAUGUGGAAAUUGGACCACAACUAGAGGUGCUCGCUGCCAUUACUUUGAAUGGGCUUCUGCCUAACUGGCAGCACCUUCUGAUCUAUUAUGAUCAAAUCGUAUGUUUUUCUUAUAUGUUCUAUGUAAAAAAGGGGGAAAAAGUAUAAGGAAAAAGAAAAGAAAAGAAAAAGAAAAAGAGCAAGUGGAAAUGGGUUAUGAAAGUAGUGAUGGUGUUACUAGUGGAAGCAUGUACUCCUAGCUGCUUGGUGAGGUUUCUGCUUCAUGGAAGUGUAGAGAAAAUUAGUUGGCUCAUUUGCUUACUAUUGUGACUGCCAAACAUCAAAGUAGUCUUAAGAAAAGAGGGAGCGUCAAAACUGUAAAGCUGACUGUUGACUUGGGAAAUGUGAGGAAAGGGUAGUAGUUAGGGUUGAUGCUUUUACAUGCCAAGGCAUGCUAAGUUAUGCAUUAAAUAAUCCAUGAAGGUAGUAGGACCGUUUGUUUCCUUGCUAUAAUGGAAAAAUAGCUAUAUUUCCUGUGGCCAUUUUGCUGCA